ACAAAUGGUGUUUUCACGCCUUAUCGCUUGUUAUGAAAUUGAUUUUGAUUCAUAUAAAUUAAGGUCUACCGGAUGUGUCCCGUUAAAGAAGGGCUAUGUGUUGACUGCUUUACAUCUGAGAAAUAAAGACCAUGUCGACCGCACUGUUACUUCUCCUCUGGAAUGGCCUGUUUGGUGUCGUGGUCGCAGUGACCGCUCCUGUGACAAUAACGCAGGACUGGGGAGGCCGCUUCCAGGGUGACCUCACGUUUACUGUUCCUGAAAAUAUGGCCGGAUGGGAAGUGAAACUUAACUUCUCGGCUCCAGUUGGAAAGAUCGACGAAUGGAUGGGUGACGAGGUCAGUCGUUCAGCGGACAACACGCAGAUCCUGCUGGUCAACAAGCAGCAUACAGGAGUCUUGGCAAAGGGAGACUCACUGCAUAUCCAAAUGUUCGUCACUCACCCGGGCACAAAAGCACCAUCAGGAAUAGGGGAGCUAAUCAAUCUGGGUCAUGACAACUUCGUGCCACCUUCGGCCCCGCCUGACCAUGAUGGUACAAAGUAUGAUCUCAACGAGGUCCUAGAAAAGUCCAUCCUGUUCUUUGAGGCCCAGAGGUCUGGUAAACUGCCGGCAACUAACCGUAUCCCUUGGAGAGGGGACUCCGCCCUAGGCGACCGGGGCGACAACGGAGAAGAUCUGACGGGCGGUUGGUAUGACGCCGGGGACCAUGUGAAAUUCAACUUUCCGAUGGCGUUUUCCGUGACGUCACUGGCAUGGGGACUUCUAGAGUUCAAGGACGCAUAUUCUGAUUCCGGGCAGCUGGAAUACAUGUACGACAGCAUCCGAUGGCCACUAGAUUACCUUCUCAGAUGCCACGUAUCACCACACGUUUACUACGUGCAGGUCGGGGACGGUGGCCAGGACCAUUCCUACUGGGGCAGGCCUGAGAACAUGACAAUGCCACGCCCCGCCUACAAGAUCGACGAGACACAUCCCGGAAGUGACGUAGCUGCUGAGACCGCCGCAGCCUUCGCCGCUAGCUAUUUGGUGUUCAAAAACAAAAAUGCUACGUUCGCCACUCAGCUGCUGAAUCACGCCAAAACGAUGUUCCAAUUUGCCGAGGCCUUUCCAGGCAAAUACUCCGACAGCGUCAGCGCGGCUGCUGGAUUCUACAGGUCCUUCAACGUCACAGAUGAGAUGUGCUGGGGAGCGGCAUGGCUGUAUCUUGCCACUAGCGACCCCCAUUACCUGCAGGUGGCCGAGCGCAACUACAUUACCGGGGCCGCCUGGGGACAGUCCUGGGACGAAAAAAACUCCGGAUGCAUGGUGCUGCUUUACAAAGUGACACAGAAGGCUCAGUACAAGACCGACAUCAUUGCCACGUUCGCCGACUGGAUGCCUGGAGGCAGUAUCCCGUACACACCUAAGGGUCUUGCAUACCGUUCACAGUGGGGCAGCAACCGCUACUCAGCAAACAUGGCCCUGAUCGCUAUCAUGGCGUCCCUGCAAGGAAUUCACACCAAGCAGUACCAACGGUGGGCGGAGUCGCAGAUCAACUACAUGCUUGGAGACAACGGGCGGAGCUACGUUGUUGGCUUCGGAACGAACCCUCCCACACAACCACAUCACCGCGGAAGCUCCUGUCCAAGCGCCCCCGCCCCUUGCUCCAGUUUUAACCAGCAACAGAACGGCCCCAACCCGCACGUGCUGUACGGGGCUCUCGUGGGUGGGCCCGGGCAGAACGACGACUACACGGACAGUCGGAACGACUAUGUGAAGAAUGAGGUCGCAUGUGACUACAAUGCUGGCUUCCAAUCGGCGGUAGCAGGAAUCAAAGCUCUGUACAUGCGUGGAGCCUUACCAUAAAUGACUGAUAUUGACCAACACAACGCAAUUCCAGUCACUUCGUAAAACAUGGUUUCCAAGUUGAUUCGGUUGUAUGCUGAUAAAAUAUUCUUAACUAAAAUAAAAUAAACGACU